UGGAUCUGUUUACAGUUGAUCUUCACCGCCAUUGUUGGCAUCGCUUUUGCCUCACCACUUUCGCCAAAACUUCUUAAGGCCAUCGGCGGUGGAUCAUCCGGUGCAAAUAAAGUGGUACCGAAAGUGGUCGAUGUCGUGGUCCCCCAUGUCAGUAACGAUGAUGUGCACGCUGAGACAGUGAGCCGUGUGGACGAUGUUCGUGCCGAUGGCUUCAGUGCUGUCUUGGAGACAAGCAACCACAUCAGCGAGUCUAGAAAUGGUGAUGUGCAUGGCAACAUUCACGGCGACUACGGCUGGAUCUCUCCCGACGGCGAACACAUCCAGCUCACCUAUGUGGCUGAUGAGAACGGUUACCAGCCAAAAGGUGCCCAUCUGCCCACUUCACCUCCAAUUCCAGCGGCCAUCCAGAGGUCUCUUGAAUGGAUCGCAGCGCAUCCCCCAGCACCUGAGAGCGACGAAGAAGAAGAAGAUUAG